AUACUGAUCUGCACCCUCUCUUCCUUCCUCAACGGAUGGAGGGGGCACAUAGGAGGAAAACUUGGGUGUGGCUUCAGUUCUUCAACUCAAGAAAAACGCUUUGUCUUCUGAUCAUUUGAAGACUUGCAGCUUUCCUAAACACUAAUUCCUGCCAGAAACACGAUCCACAACCAUCUCUCAGAUGUUUUCCAAAGCCACAAAAGCCUUCGUGAAGGACACAGAUCAUGAUGGACGCCUUAUCCCUGUGUCCAGUCUGAACGACACAGACAAACUGAAUCUCCGAUCACUCAUUGUCAAGACCAGGCCCAGAUGCUUCUGGCAGGAACCCAAAAACCAGUCCCCUGGCUUUACCCUCAGUGAUGUCCUGAAGCCAAGAGAGCCUGGAGACUCACCUUUAAGCCCAACUGUCAAGGAGUGUGACUUUGUGGACUACACUGGGACAUUUGGUGACAGGAAAGAAAUGAACGCAGACGGAAACGUGCAGGCAAAGGUGGCUGGUUUCAAACUUACCGUGGGAGGGAAAUUGUUCACCAAACAGAAGCUGUCUUUGUGCAGCCUGAACAAAGAGAAGGUUGAUGUGAAGGAGUUAUAUAACUACUCAAAAGACAGAGUUCUGGACAUGUCACAUCCUGUGAUCAAGCAGACCCGUGUGAAUCCCAGGGCAGUGUUAGGCGUCUUGACGGAGAGGAUUAUGACGUCACUACCUUGCCCAGUCACAACCAAAGUCCGGAAGCGCGGCAAUGUAGGAGCCAACAUGAGCGCCUGUGUGGCCCUGAGCGGGAAGGCCUCUAUGAAGCAGAGCGGCAGUACUCAGACAGAUAGUGAUGUGUCACUGGUUAUUCCUGCAAAUACUGUCAUGGCCUACAGUCUGAUUGACCUCUACGUCAAAUGCAAUGGACAGUUUGAGCUGUGCCUCAUUCACAAAAAUGGGGGCUUUGAAAUGGAUAAGUCAAAGGAUGGGUUUGAAGAGGAUGGAAUUAUGGACCUGGGAGGCGACUUUGAUGUCAACAGCCCCCUAAAUCUGAAGAAAGAACUGGAGAAACUGAGUAGUCAUUUCCAGCUGCUGUCAGUCCUGCCAGCAGCCACACGUUCCUCUCUGCUCCAGCUCCUCAAGACAACCAUGGAGGAUGGAGAGGCAGUCAGUGUGCUGGAGAGUGUGCUGGAUCAGACGUGUGAUGGUGAAACUCCUGACCUGGGUGAUCUGGAAGAGUCUGAGAGGGAGACAGUCCAGGCCAUACUGGAUCUUGUAGACCAAUGUGUUGGGGAGGAUGAGAUCAGAUCCUCACUUCUCACUGCCAUCCACCUCAUUGUCAGUGCCAUGGACGGAAUGCCAGAUGAGGGUCUCUCUGUGUUGGGAUCCUGUUGCAGUCCUCCAGUCUUACAGGCCCUGCAGAUCCUGGUGCAGCAUGUGGCAGCAGGGAGUGGGGAGACCCUCUCUCUGAGAGAUGCAGGUCUGGCUGUUCUGACUGAGGAGGAGGUGUUUGGGAGGACAGAGAGUCUCUUUGGUCACUCUAAAGUUACACUGAAGAGAGAGGAGGACACACUGAGGACAGAGAUGAAGGACCAGCCUGGAUACCUUCCUCUUGUCAUGAGUAUCACUGUGAAAGGCCUGGCUUCUUUAGUGCAAGCUGAGAGAGAGUGAGUGAGUGAGCUAGAAAAUCAUGUUUGAACUGAUAUACUCACGAUUCCAUUCCAUGUGUUACUCUUGCACUAGUUGAGCUAAAUAACUAGUGAACAACAAUGUAUGUAUCCUUGUAAUGCUUUCAGUAAAGUUCAACAAACAAUUACAGACG